UAUAAAAGAAUGAAAAACAUAAAUAAAUAAAUGUACUGCUCAUUGUUUGUUCGUGUGAAUGUAUUAAAUACCAUUACCUAAUACUACCUUAUGGUAAAGUGUUACCUAGUUAACAAUUAAACACGAUCUAAGAAUUAUCCAACACACUCACUUAUACCUACUGACGUCUUUUAUCCAAUCACGUAACACUAGUUCAUUAAUAUUCAUGAGAUGAACAUUCGCUCUUGCAGACUUAUUUGGCAUAACAUUAUUAGUAUUAACACGCCAGUUCGUCCUAUAUACAACAGCUGGUUUUAUAUCCUAGAAAGCAGAGCUCAUUGAGUUUAGCCCCGCUCAUUACAGCAACAGAGCACGUGAAGCCACGCCCACAGGUCACGCCCACUCCUUUGAAAAACACGGAUGUGCAUAAAUACUGCUGUCAAAGAGAUCACAUCACACAAAUUCAGACAUCAUAGAUCUGUCUUCAGCUAUGGCAGACGAAGUGGUGAGAAAGCAGACAGCAAACGAUGUGCAGGCACCAUUUGGGUAUGGAAACAACGUAGCUAUGGGUUAUGGACCAGCACCUCAAGGGCCUGGUUAUGGACCAGGAAUACAGCCUCCAGGGCCCGGAUUUGGACCUGGAUAUGGACCUGUAUUACCACCUCAAGGGCCCGGAUAUGGGCCUGGACAACUGCCUCAAGGACCAGGAUUCGCACCAGGAAUACAGCCACCAGGGCCUGCAUAUGGACCUGGAUAUGGACCUGGACUACCGCCUCCAGGGCCAGGAUAUGGACCGCAAAUACAGCCUCAAGGGCCCAGAUUUGGACGAGGAUUCGGGCGUGGAUUGGGACGCGGACAUCAUCACCAUGGACACCAUCACCAUGGACAUCACCACCAUCAUCAUCAUCAUCAUCAUGGACUCAGACUCCUAGGCCUCGGACGUCAUCACAGACACGGACAUCAUCAUGAAUGCAGUUCGUCCUGUUGCAGUGAUGAGGACUGAAGCUGAAGACGUGAGUUUGGGCCAGGACUUGUUGACACUGUAAUGUUUGCAGUCAAACAAAAAACUGCACAAAUGCUUUCUCUAGCAGUGCUUUGAAAUGUUGGGUUUAAACUUCUUGUCUUAAAUUAGGAACCCUGUGUGAAUCCUGCCCUUUAAACUACAAUUCCUGUACUGUUCAGUGUCUAUAUUAUAGUCAAUCUCCUUUCAGCUUCAAUCUGAGUAACUGUUUUAUUUUUUUAAUCAUUAAAUAGCAUCUAACAUAUCCUAAAUAAUAUAUUAUGGAAAUGUAUUGAUUUUAUGUAUGUAUUUAUCAAAACUGAAUAGACAAUGCACAACAAUGUUCAAACUGUGACAACUUACCUCAUAUAUAUAUAUAUAUAUAUAUAUAUAUAUAUAUAUAUAUAUAUAUAUAUAUAUAUAUACCGUGACAACCACUUCUUUAUACUGUUAUACAGCUAAUAACACAUUUUUGCCAAGAGAAAAAUGGACUGAAAAUAAAUUGAACUUGUGACUCAA